AUGUCCUGUAAUCACUCAGGAAUUCUUACCGCAAGUUGGUCUUCUUCGGAAAAAAUCAUUUCCUCGAUUGCCCUUUUUGUGGUCAAUGUCUUAGCGAUCGCCGGCAACUUUUUGGUCGUGUUGGUAAUUGUGCGCACAAGGGAACUUCGCCGAAAGGAAUCAAACUGGUUUGUAGUAAAUUUGGCGCUCGCUGAUCUGUUUGUUGCCUUCACCGUAAUCCCAACGACCUUAGACACCAUAAUAAGUGGCGGCUUUCCACUCGGUUUCAGAUUCAAAGAGUUUAUCGGCUUUGCAAACUUUUUAUUUUGUAUUUGUUCUAUCAUGAACUUGCAGUUGCUGUCUUUUGACCGAUGGUUUGCGAUUGCGAAGCCAUUUAGAUACAUUUCUCUUGUCAGCCCGAGAAAGGUCGUCGCGGCAUCUUUACUUGUCUGGCUUUACGCCAUGCUGUGUGCUCUUCCUCCAAAAUUUGGCGUAAGUUCAUAUUUCUGUUUCAUCCCUAAUCUGGAUAACUGCGAGCUUGAAAAAGACUGGGCGGGAUCGAGUGGAGCUCUCGUUUUCGCCAUUGCAGUGUUGGGUCUAACAUACUGUUUCGCACUUUCUGUCAUGGCAGUUUGCUACUGGAAAAUUUUCCGAAUCGCGCGUUCACACGUUCGAAGGAUAAACGUCCAGAAUUUUCACAGUUGCACCUCAAGUGAAAAACGUCGACAGCUGGAAAUGAAGGAUAAUUCAUUUUCGUCGACUGGUCGAUUAGAAACAAGCAGAAAGACUCUCGAAAUUCUCGCUCCAAUCCCUCUAAAUACUAGGCAAACCAAGGGACAUCGCCCACACGCAUCCGAUAUUCGAACAGCAAAAAGUUUCCUAAUAGUAAUCGGGGCCUACUUUUUUUGCUGGACUCCUUUCUGUGUAAAACUGUUCCUAGAAACGCUAAAAAAGGAAAAAAUCAACCCCAAAGUGAGCUUGAUUUUUCUGUGGUUGGGCUACACGAAUAGCUGCCUAAAUCCUCUCAUUUAUACCUGGAAGUACAAACAGUUCAGAAACGCUUUGAUAUCAUCUGUGAAGAAAUUACGCGGGAGACUUUCUUUGAACAGAUCGAGCUGA